UCAAGUCCAACGAAAAGACAAAAGAAACAAAUCAGCUAUGCUGAAUCAAGUGAUGAAGAUGAAGGAGAAGUUACAAUCUCAAAGACUCAACGUAACAAACGUCGCCGUGUUAUAAAAGAUGAUGAUGCUUCAGAAGAUGAAUUUGUCCCAGACGCCAAAAAUGAAUCAGAAGAUGAUCAUAUGGAUGAUGAUUUUAUUGUUCCAGAUGAUUUUGAAGAAGACAAAGCAGUGGAAAUUGACGAUGAUGAUGACUUUAUAGAAAUAACCAAAAAGUCAAAACCAAAAGCUAAAACUCCACCACGGAAAGCAACUAGCUCAUUAGCAAACAAAUUCACCUCAGGAUCCACAUAUAAAGCUACAUCAAAGUCACCUUCAACAACUCCAAAACCAAAAGCAGUAGUAGCAGCUAAACAAACCAAGAGUCAAAAGUUCACGAAAGAAAACGAAGAACGUUAUCAGUGGCUAGUUAAUAUAUUAGAUGCUGAAAAAAGACCAGAAUCUGAUCCAGAGUAUGAUCCAAGAACUUUAUACAUUCCUCAAAAUGCUUGGGGAAGCUUCACAAAUUUUGAAAAACAAUAUUGGGAAAUUAAGUCAAAAAUGUGGGAUUGUAUUGUUUUCUUUAAGAAAGGUAAAUUUUAUGAACUAUAUGAAAAAGAUGCAAUGAUUGCUCACAAUGAAUUUGAUUUGAAAAUUGCAGGUGGUGGUAGAGCAAAUAUGCAAUUGGCUGGUAUUCCUGAAAUGUCUUUUGAUUUUUGGGCAACUUCAUUCAUAACAAAAGGUUAUAAAGUUGCAAAAGUUGAUCAAAUUGAAACUGGUUUAGCCAAGGAGAUUAGAGAAGCCAAUGGUGCUCCAAAGGGUAAAAAAGAUGUCAUUCAAAGAGAAUUGAAAUGUGUGUUGACCGCUGGUACUUUAACUGAUGAAACAAUGUUGAGUGAUGAUAUGGCAACUUAUUGUAUUGCAGUUAAAGAAGAUAUUGAUCCAGUAGAUGAAGCUGGUAAAAUAUUCGGUGUUGCAUUUAUUGAUACUUCUACUGGUCAUAUUCAAAUGACUGAAUUUAAAGAUGACAGUGAAUGUACUAAAUUGGAAACUUUAGCCUCACAAUUGAGACCAAAAGAAUUGAUCAUCUCCAAGAAUAAUUUGUCUCAACUUGCCAUCAGAAUUUUGAAAUUCAAUGCCCAAAACAAUGCAAUCUUCAACUAUAUCAAGCCUGACUCUGAAUUCUUUGAUUUUGAUACAACUUUUGAAACUUUAACAAGAGGAAAAUAUUUUGAGGCUGAAAACUUGGAUGAUUUAUCAAAAUGGCCAAUGACUUUGAAGGAAUAUUAUGAAUCAAACAAAAUGGUUGGAUUUUCUGCAUUUGGUGGGUUAUUAUGGUAUUUGAAAUCUUUGAAAUUGGAUGAAAAUUUGAUUUCGUUAGGAAACAUAACCCCUUACACUACUAUCAAAGCCUCAACCAAUUUGGUAUUGGAUGGUCAAACUUUACAAAAUUUAGAAAUUUUCGCAAAUUCAUUUGAUGGAACUGAUAAAGGUACUCUAUUCAAGUUGAUCAAUAGAGCAACAUCACCUUUUGGUAAACGUUUAUUGAAAACCUGGGUUGUUCAUCCAUUGCUACAAAAGAAAGAUAUUGAAUCAAGAUUAGAUUCAGUAGACCAAUUACUAGAAGAUGGGGAUCUCAGAUCAACUAUUGAAUCCUCAUUGGCCAAGCUACCUGAUCUUGAAAGAUUAUUAUCAAGAGUUCAUGCUUCUCAAUUGAAAUUGAAGGAUUUCACAAGGGUUAUCGAAGGUUUUGAAGAUAUCGCUAAAUUAUACAAGAGACUGGGAUCUUUUGAGUUGAAAGGUGCUUUGGCCAAAGUCUAUUCUAAAUUCCCUUCAGAAAUAGAUGAAUGUUUGUCCAAAUGGGAAGAUGCAUUUGAUAGAGUUCAAGCUAAAGACCAUGGUGUUUUAUUGCUCAGUAAAGGCAUUGAACAAGAUUUUGAUGACUCUCAAGAAACAAUUGCGGAUCUUGAACAUGCUCUAAAUACCAAAUUGAGAGAAUAUAGAAGACAGUUCAAAUCACAAGCUAUUGAUUAUAAAGAUUCUGGUAAAGAACUAUAUACCAUUGAGAUGCCUGCAAAUAUUAAAGUUCCAAAUGAUUGGAAAAAAAUGGGUGCUUCAAAGAAAAUGACAAGAUACUGGUCACCAGAAGUUGAAGGCCUUGCUAAAAGUAUUGCAAGAGCAAGAGAAUCUCAUAAAUUAAUUGAAGAAUCAUUGAUUGAAAGAAUGUCAAAAAGAUUUGACUCAGACUAUAGUGUUUGGAUAAAUGCUAUCAAUGCUAUUGGUAAAAUGGAUUGUCUUGUUGCAUUGGCUAAGACUUCAGAAUCAAUCGGAUUCCCUGCUACAAGACCAACAUUUAUUGAUUCAGAAACCGGUGUUCUUGAUUUCAAAGAGCUAAGACAUCCUUGUUUUAAUAUGGGUGUUUCUUCUUCAAAAGAAUUCAUUCCAAAUGACGUUACAUUAGGUGGUGAUGCUCCAAAUUUGGGUUUAUUAACAGGUGCAAAUGCUGCUGGUAAGUCAACUGUCCUUAGAAUGACAUGUAUUGCUGUUAUUUUAGCUCAAAUUGGUUGUUAUGUGCCAUGUGAAACUGCUACGAUGACCCCUGUUGAUAGAAUAAUGACAAGAUUAGGUGCAAAUGAUAACAUUAUGCAAGGUAAAUCCACAUUUUACGUUGAAUUAUCGGAGACAAAGAGAAUUUUAGAAAAUUCCACACCAAAGUCAUUAUUAGUUUUAGAUGAAUUAGGUAGAGGUGGUUCUUCUUCUGAUGGGUUCGCCAUUGCUGAAGCUGUUUUACAUCAUGUUGCGACUCAUAUCCAAUCAUUAGGUUUUUUUGCAACUCAUUAUGGUUCAUUGGGUCAAUCUUUCAAGAGUCACCCACAGGUUAAACCAUUUAGAAUGGCAAUCAUUGUUGACGAAGGCUCUAAGAAUAUCACCUUCUUGUAUAAAUUGGAAGAUGGUGCUGCUGCUGGAUCAUUCGGUAUGCAUGUUGCAGCAAUGUGUGGUAUUGAUAAAGAAAUAAUCAAAAAUUCUGAAGUUGCAGCUGAAGAGUUUGAACAUACUUCAAAAUUGAAAAAGAAUGAAAGUAAUUAUCUAAAUCUAAUUCCAUUAGGACUACAAUCAGAUUUUGCAAGAUUACUGAAGGAAGGGUUCAGAAACUCAUCAGAUGGUGUUGGUGAGGGUGUUUUGAUUUAUAAUGAAACUGUUCAAAAGAAAGCUUUGCAAAGUAUUGGUCAAUUGAUUGACGGAUUAUGA